CCGUGCGCACUCGCUCCUGCAGUUUGAGCCUUAUAAGAACUACACAUCCCAGCAUGCCGCGUAUACAGGAAGCGGACCGGAGCUCACAGCGGUGAUUUCUUUUUUUCUAGCUCAUGGGGUAAUAUUGUCGUUCAGUAGGAUUUACCGGGAUGGCUGCGGGGAAGAUGGCGGCGUCCAAGGAGCUGAUGGAUAUGGAUCUGUACGGACUGCUCGGUGUGGAGGCGGGGGCCACGGAGAAAGAGAUUAAGAAGGCGUACAGACAGAAAGCGCUGACCUGUCACCCCGACAAAAACCCCGAUAACCCCCGAGCAGCCGAGCUCUUUCAUCAGUUGUCCCAGGCUCUAGAGGUUCUGACUGAUGGAGCGGCCCGGGCGGCUUAUGACAAACUCAGGAAAGCCAAAGAGGCCGCAGCGAAGAGAACGCAGAAGCUGGACGAGAAAAGGAAGAAGGUGAAACUUGAUCUUGAAGCCAGAGAGAAGGAGGCGCAGACCCGCGUCACCGAGGAGGAGGAGAUUCAUGUCGCGCGGACGUUGGAGCAGGAGAUAAUACGACUGCGUGAAGAAGGGUCGAGACAAUUAGAGGAGCAGCAGAGGUUGGUGCGGGAGCAGGUCAAGAUGGAAAUGCUGCAGAAGACACAAGGCCACAGAAAUAAUAACUCGGACACUGCAGGACCUGCGAAGCUGAAGCUGAAAUGGAAAUGCAAAAAGGACGACGAGACGAGAGGAGGAUACUCCGAAGAUGUUCUGCAGAGGCUGCUACAAAAGUAUGGAGAAGUGUUGAAUGUCAUCGUGUCCAGUAAGAAGAGGGGGUCGGCCAUUGCUGAAUUUGCUACCUUCAGGGCUGCGGAACUCGCUGUGAAAAAUGAAGCCGGCUUGUUGAAUAAUCCCCUACAAAUCACCUGGCUCGAUGCCCCCCCACCAUCUGCUGGGCCGGAGACCCUCAACAAGAUGGCCACAAAUGUCUCCGGUCACGUGGCUCAGGACUCCUCCUCCGUGCGAUCAGACCGGGACUAUGAGAGUUUAGUGCUGAUGAAGAUGAGGCAGGCGGCAGAGCGUCAGAGGUUAAUAGAGCAGCUACAGCGAGAAGAUGAAGAGGCCGACACGUAAAUUAUUAUUUUAAUAAAAUUCUCUGGUUUUUUAGUACCCGGUGUAUUAAAUUUAUUUAUGGGCAUCACUAUGGCUGGCACUACAUGGGUGCACUAUAUGGAAGACGGUUAUGGGCAUC